UGUCUGUUUGCUGUUCUUUGUGUUUACAGAGGACAAAAGGGAGAGUGUCCUUCCCAGUGCUCUGUUUCCCUGUAGACCCAUUACUUUGCAAGAACUGUGACUCCAAAGGCUGAAUUUGCAUUUAAACAAAUAGUCAUGUUUGUGUCAUGGCUUGGUUAUUCAUCUCAUGUCACCUUGUGGAUACUGGUGUGUUUUUCCCCACAGGACUCGAGCCCAUACUAUGGUUUCCAGCAGGAGGGGGGGCGGCCUCCUCCUUAUAACCCUGCCAUAGGGGGGUAUCCUCCGUUCACGCUGCAGUACCCGUCCAACUUGCCCCAGUACUCCCCCCAAGCCAUCCCCAUCCACAAUAUUGCCGCACCGGAGCUGUUAGAGCCCACCCUUAACCGCACAGGGCAAAAGAGGAAAUACAUGUGUAUUGUGACAUCUGUUGUCUGUGUUGUUCUUCUCCUGGCCGUGGUCGCGAUCCUACUGUGGUAUUUUCUCUACUUCAGGUGUGUUUUUGGGAUGUCCUGUGGAGAUGGUGGUUGCAUCAGUGUGUCCCAGUGGUGUAAUGGUGUGAAGGACUGCCCUUUGGGGCAGGAUGAAACCCAGUGCUUUCGGCUCUAUGGUUCCAGCUCUGUUCUGCAGGCGUAUUCAACACAAAGCAGAUCGUGGAAGAUGGUGUGUGCUGCUGGAUGGAAUGACGCCUUUGGGAGAGCAGCAUGUGAACAGAUUGGAUAUGACAGGCAGUCCUAUGUGGGCUAUGAGAUGACCACGGUAAACCAGGACCUGGAUGGCUACUUGACACUGUUGCCUCAGGCGACUCCACAGAACCUUCUACACAGUUGCCUCGUCCUCUACACAACAUGUUCAGUUGGCAGACUUGUAGCACUGCAUUGCAUUGACUGUGGGUCCCGGGUUAUCUCAGAUUCCCGCAUUGUGGGCGGACAGGUGGCCAAGCCAGGGGCGUGGCCAUGGCAGGUCAGCCUGCAGGUCCAGAGGGAGCACUUGUGUGGCGGCUCCAUCAUCACCCCUUACUGGAUCGUGACAGCGGCACACUGUGUGGAAGGGAUUUCGAGCCCCUCCAACUGGACUGUCUAUGCUGGCCGUCUCUCCCUGUCUGACAUGUAUCGCUCUGUUGGGAACUCGGUAUCUCUCAUCGUCUCCAACAAGUACAACAGCAACACAAAGAACAAUGACAUUGCUCUGAUGAAGCUAAGGAACCCACUUACAAUGUCAAAUGUUGUCAAACCCGUGUGUCUACCCAAUGCUGGCCUCAACUUUACGGCUCCUCGGCAAUGUUGGGUUUCUGGAUGGGGGGCAACUUAUAGUGGAGGAUCAGUGUCCCAGGUUCUGAAGGAGGUCCAGGUCUCACUGAUUGACAGGAGCACCUGCAACAGUCCAUCUGUGUACAGUGGCGAGAUCACAGACACAAUGAUCUGUGCUGGAAGGUUACAGGGUGGAGUUGAUUCCUGCCAGGGUGAUAGCGGGGGACCCCUGGUCACAGAGGAGAAUCAUCUCUGGUGGCUGGUGGGGGACACAAGCUGGGGUUAUGGCUGUGCUGUGAGGAACAAGCCUGGAGUGUACGGCAAUGUGACUGUUUUCCUCCGCUGGAUCUACGAACAGAUGCAGAAAUACAAAUGAAGAAUCACUGGG